AUGGAAGUCACCCGUCCAGAACCUGUAAAUUCCAAUACACACACCAGAAUGGAAAAAGAUCCUUACCCCAAUGAAACCAUUGCCAACGGCACUCCAAUAAAUCACCAGCCUCUAUCAAAGCAUAGCUUGUGGGAAGUCAUCACUAUAGCAAUAGUGACGGCCAUAGUAAGCCUGGGCACCAUCGUAGGCAACAUCUUGGUCAUGCUGUCCUUCAAGGUCAAUAGCCAGCUCAAGACAGUCAACAACUACUACUUGCUGAGCUUGGCCUUUGCUGACCUCAUCAUUGGGAUCUUCUCUAUGAACCUCUAUACAACUUAUAUCCUCAUGGGGCACUGGGCUCUAGGAAGCCUAGCCUGUGACCUGUGGCUCGCCCUGGACUAUGUGGCAAGUAACGCUUCUGUCAUGAACCUCCUGGUCAUCAGCUUUGACCGCUACUUCUCCAUUACGAGGCCCCUGACCUACAGGGCUAAGCGGACUCCAAAGCGGGCAGGAAUCAUGAUUGGUCUGGCCUGGCUGAUCUCCUUCAUCUUAUGGGCUCCAGCUAUCCUCUGCUGGCAGUAUUUGGUUGGGGAAAGAAAAGUCCCACCAGGUGAGUGCCAAAUCCAGUUCCUCUCUGAGCCCACCAUAACCUUUGGCACCGCCAUCGCUGCCUUCUACAUCCCGGUGUCCGUCAUGACCAUCCUCUACUGCCGUAUCUACCGGGAAACCGAGAAGCGCACCAAGGACCUGGCGGAGCUCCAGGGUUCCGUUUCUGUGGCUGAAUUUGAGAUGAACAAGUCAACACGGAAGACCCUGCUUAAGUCCUGCUUCAGCUGCCCACAGCCAACCCGGGCCAAGAGGGAGAGAUGCCAGGCUUCCUGGUCAUCCUCGAGCAGGAGCACCUCCGCCACAGUGAAGCCUUCCCAGCCCACGGAUGCCAACAGUGACUGGGUCAAGGACGAACAGCUUACCACUUGCAGCAGUUACGCUUCCUCGGAGGAUGAGGACAAGCCCACCACGGAGGCAGCCUUCAGAGUGACCUAUAAGACCAAGGCAAAGGAAAGUCCAAAAGAAGAAUUCGGUGCUGCAGACGCCAAGGAAACUUUGGUGAAUGAUAACUACAAGACCCAGAAGUAUUUUCUGUCCCCAACUACCAUCCGUGGGGCCAAGAGUCAAAAAUGUGUGGCGUACAAAUUCCGGUUGGUGGUAAAAGCUGAUGGAACCCAGGAUGCUAAUAAUGGCUGUCAUAAGGUGAAGAUCAUACCUUGCUCAGUCCCUGUAUCCAAGGAACCUUCCACAAAAGGCAUGGAUUCCAAUCUCAGCAACCAAAUGACCAAGAGGAAGAGAAUGGUCUUAGUGAAGGAGAGGAAAGCAGCCCAGACUCUGAGUGCCAUCCUGCUGGCCUUCAUCAUCACCUGGACCCCCUAUAACAUCAUGGUGCUGGUGUCCACGUUCUGUAGCAAGUGUAUCCCCGUCACCCUGUGGCACCUGGGCUACUGGCUAUGCUAUGUGAACAGCACUGUCAACCCCAUCUGCUAUGCUCUCUGCAACAAAACCUUCAGGAAGACCUUUAAGAUGCUGCUCCUCUGCCGGUGGAAGAAGAAAAAGGUGGAGGAGAAGCUGUAUUGGCAAGGGAACAGCAAGAUGCCAUGA